AUGAUUACGGAAUAUUUUCCUAAAAUUAUUAUUAAGGAACAAAAUUUUUUUCAGAUUCAAAAAAGAUAUGCUUAUUAUAGAUUUCACAAAAGAGUAGGUAAAGGUUCUUGGGUAAAAUAUAUAGAAAGAUAUAAAUUACCUAGAAGUAUAGAAAAUACACAAAGAUUAAUUUUUAAUUAUGAAGCAAGUUAUUCGGAAAAAAAAUUAUCUAGCAGUUGGCUUUGGAAUUUACCUAAAAAAAUUGCAUUAGCUACAACUUCAGAUGAAGUAUUAAAUGUAUGGGUGUACUAUAGACACAAAAAAAAAAAAGCAUAUCACUACUUAAAAGUUUUAAAAAGAUUAGUUGAUGUAGGGAAAUGUUCAACUAGUGAUUGGAGAUUUAAAUUAAUUACUUCAAGAAUACAAAAUAAAAUUAAUACCUUUUUAAAUUUACCAAGAAUUUGUUAUUAUUACGGUAAAUUAAAAGCCACUGCUCAACUGGAAAAUAUUACAAAAAUGUUAAAUCAUAGACUAAAUGAUUACUUACCUUAUCAGUUACUAUUAAUAUUGAAAGGAUUUUCUUUAUGUGAAUUACAAGAUAAGCACCUUUUUAAUAAAAUUAGGGAUUUGUUAAAACCGCAUAUUAAUAUUAUUCCAUUUUAUUAUUUAACUAUCAUAAUUGAAAGUUACUCUUAUUGUUUAAUACAUGAUUAUCUGUUUUUGAAUUUACUAGCAAAUGAAAUAAUUUACAGAAUUAAUUUAUGCAAUAAUAAAUACUUAAAUACAUCAGAUGAAAAUAAUUCAACACAUUUAAAAAGAGAUACUUUAAAUGAAUUAAAUGAAGAAAAUACAUUUAAUAAUUUUAGUAAUGAUUGUAUAAAUGAUUACGAAAACCCUUUAUAUAAUAUAGAAAGCGAACAUACAUUACUAAAAUAUAAACAAGAUCAAUUUAGUUAUUACCCCACUAUGAAAAAUUUAGUUGAUAUAGCUUAUUAUUUUUCUAAUUUAAAAUUUCAAAAUUAUAUAUUUUAUGAUUAUAUAAGUAUGUUUGUAAUAUAUAUGUUAAAAAAUAAUAAUUGCUUAAAUCCAUAUCUUAUAGAGAAAGUUAUUUUAUCUUUUUAUAAAAUUAAAAUUAAUGAUAUAAAACUUUUCGAACAUAUUUUAAAACAUAUAGAUAAUUUCAUUUACGACUAUCCUCCAAGCGUAUUAUGUUCUAUUGGAUGCCAUCUUUCUUCCUUAUUGCCUUUUUAUUAUUCUCCUAUUCAUAAAAUAUUUAAGAAAAUGUUAUUGUCUAUUAAAAACCAUAUAGGUAUUUUAAAUACAGAUUCUUUAUCUAAAUUAUCAUCUUUUGCACAUAAAGCAAAAAUGAAUAAAGAACUGCAAAAAGAAAUUUUAUUUAGUAUAAAUGAACAAAUAAAAAAAAAUGACAACCAGAAUUCUAAAAUUAUAUAUGACCUACCAAGAUUAGCAGAAGUUCUUUCUUUUCAUAAUUUAAUAGAUGCGACAAGUUUUAACAUUUUAUGUAAACAUUUACAUAGUCAUUUAAAAUAUUUUGAACCUUGUGAUUUUAAUAGAAUUGCGAGAACAUUAAGGAAUAUCAAAAAGAAAUUUAAUUUUUGUGAUGAAAAAGUAGUAAAUGCUAUAGCUAGGAAUGUUAUAAAGCAACAUGACUUGUUUCAUGUAAUUGAUUAUCAUCAAACAGCUAAUAUGCUAUUAGAGAUAAAUGCAGUAAAAGAUAUAUAUAAAAUAUAUUUGAUAAAGUAUCACAAUAAUAUUUCUUUUUAUAAUUUUGAUGAAUUAAAAUUAAAUUAUGAAUUACCAAAGGAAAUAAAAAGAUCCUUAUACAGAUAUAAAAAAGGAAGUAUAUACUUUUCAAACAAAAAAAUUCAGCAGGAAUAUCCAUUAUAUAAAUCUAUAGAAGAUUGA